AUGGCCCUCCCGAUCAGCAGUCCAUCCCCAAAGGUAGACCGUUUCCAACAAGCGAUGGAAUCCCUCUACGGUAGAUUCGCCAAUAUUCGAGAUCCAGAGAACUGGUCCCCGCCACUCCGAUCUGGCGGCCACCGCGGCCGAUAUUUAUGGACAGAUGCGUUCGGCGUACUCAACCUAUUGACCAUGCACAAAGAAUACACAGCUGCAGGUGGAGGCAGCGAUGAUACGCGAUACCUAGCACUAGCCCGCCGACUCAUCGAGACUGUUCACGACGUUUUGGGUCGUACACGGGAUAAUCGCGCCCGACUACCGGGAGCAACAGAUGACAACCCACUCGGUGGAGGAUUACGAAUUGGUAAAACAGAUGAGCAUGGUCCGGACGGCGAUGGGCAAUAUCAUCACUACUUGACUAUAUGGAUGUUUGCGCUGAACCGUAUGGCGAUAGCAUCCGGUGAUAUGGAUUAUAACCGGCUAGCUGUGCAGCUUGCACGGGCUAUCCAUCCAAAAUUCCUCCAUGAUGGCUCGACGUCACGUCCGCGUUUAGUUUGGAAGAUGUCUAUGGAUCUAUCCGCACCGCUGGUAAAAUCGGAGGGAAACCUUGAUCCGAUCGAUGGGUUUGUGGUAUUUCGGCUCCUUCAAGCGACUGCUAUGAAGGCCGGCGAUGGCGAAGUCUUGUCUGAGGAAAUAGCAGAUUAUAGACGAAUUAUGAAUCGUAAGGGAGAGCACUUUGUCUCGAGUGAUCCGUUGGAUUUGGGUAUGACCUUGUGGACAGCGCAUUGGUUCUCCGACAAGGAGGCUUGGGCUUCGAAUCUUACGACGAGAUGCUUUGACCUUUUGUAUAAUCUCUUUGAGAUAGAUCAAUAUCUCCUGCGAAAUAUCAAAUUCCGGUUGGCUUUCCGCGAGUUCGGUACUGCGAUGGGUCUUCAAUGCGAGGCGGAAUGGACUACGGACAAAGAGCGAAGUGUUGAUCUGAAGAACUGGGCUGACUGCAUUAUUGCGGAAUGGGAUCCGUACAUGGAACUCUCCAUCUCCGAGGACCUGACACCGGAGGAUAUGCGACCUAUCACACGCGUGAUGUAUGCAUCAGCAUUGAUUCCAGGUGCUUUCUGUUCGGGAUACUUGGGCCCUGAGCCUAAGCCUUUGGAGAAAUAA